AUGCCUGGCGUUCCUCUCGGCGCUCUGGAGAACCUCAAGACCAAGGUCCAGGAAUUCAUCAGGAAGAAGCUCAACAAGAACAAGACCGAGGACAAGCCCGCCGCGGCCGAGACUACCACUACUGCCGAUGCUGCGACCCCUACUGCACCUGACGCCACCAAGACCGAGGCCGAAGCUCCUGCUGCGGCCACUACUGCCACCGCUACUGGUGCACCUGAUGCAGCUCUUGCUACCGAUGCCCCACAGGUCACUGAGGCUGCCAAGGAGCCGACCGUUGACACUCCUGCAGUCACUACCGAGCCUGCUGCCGUUACCGGUGCCGCCCCGAUUGUCCAGACCGCCGCUACCCCGGCUCCCGCUACCGCUGCGGCCUAA